GCAGCUUCCGGUCUGGCUGGAGCGUUGUUGGUUUACUAAAAUGGCGACAGUGGCUGUAGUAGCGACUACCUCCGGUAAAGAUGUUAUAGCCGAGGGGUUGCUCGACCUUCUGACACCAGCUAUCCAACAGCUCGACCUGCAUGUCCACUCAGUCAGAGAAAGCCAGGUAGAAUUAAGAGAACAUAUAGACAAUCUGGCCACAGAGUUGUGCCGGAUAAAUGAACAUCAGAAGGUGGCUCUAGACCUGGACCCUUAUGUAAAGAAGCUGCUGAAUGCCAGACGGAGAGUAGUGCUCGUGAACAACAUCCUGCAGAAUGCUCAGGAACGUCUGAGACGACUCAACCACAAUGUGGCCAAGGAGACAGCUCGACGAAAGACCAUGCUGGAGGCUUCAGGAGUGUUUGCCUCCCGCUCCCCCAGUAAACCCUGAACCUCCUCCUGCUCUGUGAACUGUCCUGACCAUCAUUACUGGAAACUGUAACACAAAGGAGCAGCAGUCUUCCUUUGACAUUUAGUUAGCUGUUUGUCUAGUGCCAUGCUCGCCUGCAAUGCUUUGUCCAAUGUUGUAAUUCAAAUAAAAAUCCUGGCUGCAAUCUGUUCAGUGCUAGGCAGCUGUAAAAUGACAACAUACAACGUAAUCAUUGUUACAUUUUCACCAGAUCAUACUUUUGUAGUAGAAGUCAAAUGUAAAUAAUGACCGCAACUUUAAUGUCAGCCUGGGGUAAUAUUGUGGACCAAAAUAACAGAUCCUUGUUUCGCUGCUGGAAGGUUUGUUUUUUAAAAGUUCAGCAAGACCGGAACACCAACAUCACGUAGCAUGCUCGUGGGUGUAUUAAGAUGACUAUAAUGCACCUUUAUACUCAACACAAUUGACACAGCCACAAAAAAUGAAUCCCACUAAAUUGUUUCUUGUUGAAACAUCUCAAAACAUGAACAAUGAAUUAGGAUGUUCAGCAUUUACAAUUGGAUAACAAGAGUACUGGCACAAACUACAGCUGUAUUGUUUGUAUUUUUUUCAACAUGUGGGAUGCUUUUGAGAGCCACAAAAGGAGGUUUAUCUUUCAUUUUUUAUGUAAAUUAAAAAGAAUAAAUACUACAUUAUCAAUAAAUUGACAUUACAUAACAUUUUCAUUAAAGCUACCAUAAGGAACCUUC